AUAGCUCAUACCAUGUCCGAAACCAUUGCUCAAAAUCGUGUCUUUUUGUAUGAACCUCAUUUGGUGCCUCAAAUUGCCCAAUUAAUCAGUUAUGAUCAUCAUAUUCCUAUAGAUAUUCAAACAUAUGCAUUAUACGCAUUGGACGGUAUUGCAAGACACCGAACCAAAGUGACAGAAGUUUUAUCUGCAUUCAAUGCUUCUGCUAAUCACGGUAUAUUACUUCAUCUUUUGCGACAAUUCAGUCAAGGAACCACAGUUUAUACAGUGGAUUUCAUUGAUGCAUUAUUCAACCUACUCUCAUUUUUGUUCCAAACACAAGCGGGUGGACAAAUGCUCAUGUCAGCAGGGAUUAUGUCUACAUUGAUUGGAAUUAUGGAUGGGGAUAUAAAAAAGAGUGAUAUUCAUAUCAAGGUAUUGAUCAAGGUGGUAGGAUUACUCGAUACGAUCAUGAACAAUGUGAACACAUCCUUUUCUUCCUUCUGCAAUGCCAAUGGACUUAACUCGUUACUUAAAGUCAUUGCAUCGCAAGUGGAUACCUGUAUCGCACAACAGGGGGUAGACAAUUACGAUGCCUUAACCUUGGUGAAAAACACUUUACGAUUUUUGAUCCGUAUGAUGGAAUCCAACGACACAGCGGAUGGAUUACGUAACCUGAUCGAAAGUAGUAUCCCUCAUACCAUCAAGAAAGUCAUGGAACAUCACACAUUAUUUGGACCCAGUGUGUUUUCCUUGGUGGUGAAUGUGGCUACGACAUUUAUUCAUAACGAACCGACUUCCUUGUCCGUAUUACAGGAAAUUAAGUUACCUCAGACUUUUUUGAAAACGUUUGUGGAAUACGAUCAACCCAAUUGUGAGGUCUUGAUGGCAGCGGUACAUGCGUUUGGUGCGAUCUGUUUGAAUUCAGCAGGGUUGGAUAUGUUUGCAGAAGCAAGACCUUUACCUCAUUUCUUCCAAUUGAUGACAUCCCCUAGUUUUGUAACCAACCCGGCAGAAGUAGGUGGGGUCACGGUGUUGGGUACAACCAUGGAUGAAUUGAUCCGCCAUCAUCCAAAGUUAAAAGGAGAAGUAUUUGUAUGUGCUAACCAAUUAUUAUUGCGUGUCAUUGAAGUGGGUAACGCGGAGGAAGGGAAACCAUUGGACAAUAGUCAUCAACUUGUAUAUGAAAGACAGGCCAAAGAUCUUUCCAAUGAAAGAGCCGAGUGUUUGUUAUUAGGCCAUGUAGAUUUAGUGUCGAGGUUUUUAGAAGGGUUUUUGCGUAAUGCGGAUAAUAUCAAGGAGUUUGUGAAUUAUGGUGGACCUGAAUUACUUUUAAGCUAUUAUGCAUUGCCCAUGCUUCCGUUUAAUUUUUCGGUAUCCAAUGCGUUUGAUUCACUUAGCUUUGUGUUUCGUGUGAUUUCGGAUGUGUCGCCUAUGCCCUUUGCCAAUUUGAUUACGAAGAAAGUGUACGAGUCAUCGAGGUUUAUUUUUACAGAUGAAUUGGAUCAAAUGAAAAGCUCUGUGUAUCCUUAUAUCAAUGUGGAUGGUACGGAUAAAGAAUUUUUGGAAAAGGGAAACCAAUUAUUUAGAAAGUGUAGCAUUUUGUUUGGCUAUAUUGGUUUACUUUCAACUGUAUUUGCCAAUGCUAUUUUAACAAACAGCAAGAAUGCCAUCAAAUUGGUAGAAUGGGCUGUGAAAAGUAACGAGGAGUGGGGUAACCUCAUCAUGUUGCUUGGUGAUAUUCAUCGAACCAUGGUGUGGCAGAAUAUUUUGUUGAGAGAAUCUGUGCCCAAAGCAUGGUAUAUUACCAGCAACCAAGCCAAUAUCGAUGAUAGUGUGGAUUUGAAAGACCCUCGUGUGAUUAAUGUGAGAAGAUUCAAGAUACUCUUAAGUGAGAUCCCACCUGCCUUAAUGCCGGUGCUACAAGGUAUUAUUAAGGUCUCCGUGAACAGACGCCCUAGCGCAAUUUCCUCCUCCUCAUCCGAACUCAGUCUUUUCCAGCGCUCGGAAUUAGUUGCAGAAAACAUUGCAGAAGUCUUUCGCGAUAAUCUAGGAUACAUGCAUGACGAUUCCCCCAUUUGUAAAUACGACUAUUACGCAUCCAUGUUCUCCAUGAUUUCCAUGUUAUUACUGGACGAUCGAUCACGCACGGCCUUGGAAACCCCGAUUGCUGUCGCCUUUGAACGGAUCGGCAAUGUGGAUUUAUUAGCAGAUACUUUACUCUCACAAUUCUGGAAAGCUGCCGAAACUCAAAUCGAGGGAAAAACCGACGAAGAAGAAAAUAAUAACAAUAGUGAAUUACAACGUAUCAAUACCUGUAUCGAACUCUUGUUGGCCAUUCUUCAUCAUUUAGGAUCUUCUAAAUUGUUUCAUAAUUCACCCCAUACCAAUAUUUUGACAACGGCCGAUUCUGACGAUUAUUUUGGUAACCGAUCGCUCUUGAACCCUUUCCAUUGGAUGGCCAACAUGCAAUAUAAACUCUCGGGUCUCUAUCUUUACCUGGAAAGCCCUCAUCUGCAUAAAUUCUCUAGACAUGUUUUACAUUCUUUGCUUCGAUGUAUCACACAAAAUAUGAAGGCGGAAGGAGAGAGACAGCGUGGGAUGAAACCGCUGACCAACAAAGAAGAUGAUCCUACCUAUCAGGCGAACCGAACUGCUUUGACAGAGAUGGGCUUUGAUGCUGAUUUAGUGGAUACCGCUUUGCGUCGAUUUGAUGGAAACGGUAUCUGUGCAUUGGAUAAUCUCUUUAGUCGUCGAUUAGUGGAACACCCCAAUAACAACCUUGCUCAAGCGGCCUUGUCCUUGUCAAGAUAUGAACCUACAGCCAUUCGUAUGCCAUCCGUCACUUCUGCACCUACCGAAUCUGCCCAUGUCGAUCACGAAAAUGACGAUUCGAAUGAAAAUGACGAUGAUGAAUAUGAGGAUAUUGAAACCGAUGACGAGGAAGAAGAAAUAACAGAAGAAAGUUUAAAGGAUGAAGAAGAACUUGAUCAAGCAAGAGUAGAUGCGUUCUGUAAUAUCAAGCCAACGUCGUCAAAAAAGGAAGCGAUUGAAGUCUUGCAUCGUCUUGACGCUGUGCGAGAAACCAUGCGAAGCAAGAUCCCGCAAAUUCUUGCACGACUUGUGGAUGAACGUAGUGAUAUUGAUUUUGAAGUGCGUGAUCUGAUGGUUGUCUUAUGCUGUGGCGAUCCCAACAAGUUAUCUCAAAACACCAAGCAAACAAUUCGUUUGUUCUUUGGAGAGAAUCAUGGUCAUGGAGAAACAACCGAUAAACGUGCCAUGUUUGAAUCCUCCAUUAACAAGAUUCGUAUCUUUGCUCUCAUGUUGCGUGAACCCGCUAUGCAGGAUGUCAUGUCUCUCUUAAUCACUACCAUGUCUGAAUUCAUGGACUGGUUUGAUUUCUUGGAUUUGAUUGUGACAAACCCAGAUAUGCCUGAUCCCAAAUGGUUAACUACACUCUUUUUAAUCUUGGAAGCUGGGUUGGCUCAAGCGGAUGAACCCAAAGAGGAACCUCUGGUAGAUAUGGAUACGCCCGAGAUGAAAAAAUCUAUCGAGGACAAACCUUCUCCUGUUACAGUGACAGCUGCUAACCGAACGACCUUGAUGAACUAUUGUAUCAAUUUGCUCAAGACCGAAAGCCUUUCUCAAGAUAAUCUCAUCUCUACAUUGCGUAUCCUUGUACGUCUUACAAAACACCAUGAUGCAGCAGCACAAUUUGUGGCCCUCGGUGGACUUGAGCCCUUGUUUAAACGUCCCAGCAAAAGUUUUGAAGUGAUCAAGAUUCAACAAGCCUACAUCAUUAUGAUCUUACGUCACAUUAUUGAAGACAAGUCUGUUUUGAUGAACUGUAUGCGUGAAUGGCUCUCUUUUUGGUUCACAGCACCUCCCUCGCGUUACUUGGAUGUAUCAACCUAUAUUCGAAAUAAUAACAGUAUUGCGUUACGUGACCCUGAAACCUUUGUUGAAGUCAGUAGUCAGAUCUGUCGCCUUACAAAUUUCAAGUCUGGAAAUUACAAGAAUAUUCGAUAUAUUGGACUGGAUGGAGUGAAGGAAGAACCCUUGACAAAUGACCAUGAAUCAUCGGUGGUGAUCCACUUUUUGUUAAACCAGUUGGUCAUGACCCAAUCGGAAAAAGAAGAAAGCAACAUCAAGAUUGGAUACACGGGAUUUAUAUUACAAUGUCUCUUGGAACUCAUCUCGUCGUAUCCGUUAUGUAAGCAUGAUAUUGUUGUAUUUAAUAAUAACCAGUCUUUGGAUGUGACCGAUUCUGGUCUCUCAAAUCAUGCUCGUAUCCGACAAUCGAUCUUAUUUACACUUGUCAACAAAUUAUUGCCGUUCAAUGCGAUUAAUCCAACCACGGAUGGAGAACGUAAACGACAAGGUAUUUCCAUGUGUGUUGCGUCUUUAUUGGUCGCGAUGUGCUAUGAUACAACCCAUGUGAGUCACACAAGAGCAGAAAAUACGCCUGAAGAAGCAUUGACAGAGAUCCGUAAACACGUACUGGAUGUGGUCUAUCGAUCGUUUAAGGACGCACUUCAAUCUAGCAACACAUCGACCACCAGUGCCAAGUACAUUCGCUAUUUUGCACUUGCCGAAUUAUGUCAUCGUAUCCUGAAUGCACGACCUGCAUCUAUCAGCCCUGCAGCCGCAGCCGCUCAAAGUAACACGAAGGAAGAUACUGUCUUGGUUGUGGCUAAAUUGAUGUUGGAAAAGAAGUUUGUUCCUGUGUUGAUCUCUGUGAUUAGCGAUGUGGAUGUGAAUUACCCUCAUGCCAAAAUGAUUUUGAACUCAAUUUUACGACCUUUGGAACAAUUGACGAAAUUGGCGAUUCGUAUUGAUCGAUCCUCACCUGAAGGGGAAAAGAAGACGACGGAUAAGAAGGAUCAUGAAGAGGACGAACAUGAUAUUUAUUUACCCAUGGAUACGGAUGAAGAUAAUGAUGCUGCUGAGGAAGAAGUCUCUGAUUUAUAUAGAAAUUCUUCCUUGGCCAUGUAUGAUGGUACUGUCUUGGAGGAAGAGUCGAGUGAUGAAUCAUCCGAUGAUGACAUUGAGAUGGCUAGUUCUGGUGAAGAAUUGGAUGGAGAUGAGGAUGAUGAACAGCGUUCAAAUUCCGAUGGAUUUGAAACUGUGGAUGGCUCAGAUAAUGAAGAAGGUGAUAGUGAUAGUUCUAGUGAAUCCGGUGUAUCUUAUGAAUCCAGUUCUUACGAAACCGAUAACGAAUCCCUCAACUCUGAUCGAAGUGACUCUGUACACUCAGAUGAUAGUAGAGAAAUGGCAUGGCAUCUAGAAGAUAUCAAUGACGAAUCUGGUUACAUGUCUCGUAACCCACAUGAAGACGGGCAUACCGGUCGUCAUCACCAUGGCUCCAGACAAAUUAUGCAGGCUGAAAUCAUGGUAAAUACUGAUUCAGAUGAUGAUGGUAUGGACGUGGAUCAAUCGGAUUUGGAUGAAGACGGGGACUCGGAUGAUCUUGACCCAGAAGAAUUGGAAGAUGUGGAACUGGAACUAUUUGCUCGUGGAAGUCCAUUAAGAGAUGGUGUUCAUAUGAUCAACCCUACUAUCCGAGGCUCCCUAAAUACAGCUACUGGUAGCAGUAGCGGUGUAGGAAGAUCGUUUGAUAGAGACAACAUUAUUUUGCAUCCACUUUUAAGAAACGCUGCAAAUCCAAAUGCCACUGCAUCUGCAGAUGGUUCGUUCACCCCUGACACAGCCGUUUUAUCAGGCACAAACAGUAAUCAUUUGCAAGCAUAUGAAGAUAUCAUUGGUGGUAGUGCUGUUCGUAUCCUUGAAACUCUUUUAAGCCAACAACAUCAGAGAAACAACCCCUCUGUAACAACAGAAACGACACCUAACGCUACCACUGUUAUCCCUGUUUCAACCACAGCAUCCAAUGUACCUGAGGCAGAAGAUAGCGCUACCAGCCAAGAAAAUAAAGAUACAUUAAACUUGCUUCAGGAAUUCCAGUCUAUGCAAUCUGCUGAUCGAUGGAUACAAGAGGUGCAAAUGGUUUACAUAUCCUCAGUUGCAUCUGCCAAGGCUGCAAAAUUGACAAACACAUUGAUAUCUCGAUUGAUCAAAAUUGCAAAAGAGGAAGAGGAAAAGGGUAUCACCCAAGGAGAGCCGGAGAAUGAGUCUGGUCGAACUGACAAUGUACCCAUGGAUAUGGAUGUAAGUGAUAGUGACGACGGAUCCAGUGGAGAAGAUGGUCAAACGGGUAUGAGAAUUGAAGUAGAAGUCCACGGUGAAGAAGAAGAGGAGGAGGAGGGACAUAGUGAUGAAGAGGAACAAGAGCGUGUCAUUGUCACUAUUAACGGGGAAGAAGUGGAUAUCACAGGAACAGGUAUAGAUGCUGAGUUCUUGGAGGCACUUCCCGAUGAUCUUCGUGCUGAAGUACUCAGCCAACAAAUGGCUGAGCGACGUGCAUCGAUCCAAAGCAUCGAAGAAGAUACGAUCAGUCCUGAAUUUUUAGCUGCUUUGCCCAUUGAUAUCCGUAACGAAGUUAUUCGACAAGAAACCAUGGAACGUAAUCGACGCGAAGCAAGACAGCAAUCCACCGGUCCCAAUGAAACGGAAAAUGGGAAUAGAAAUUUACCUGUUGCAGUGAACGUGACCGAAUUAAACGAUAAUGCUUCUACGUGGAGAAUUGGAAGAAGCUCCGAGAACUCUCAAUUUGGUAUCACCACCAGUGUCAGUAACAAUAAUUCUAGAAAAGCCAUGCUUCAUCGUGACGCCAUCCGAAUUGUUGAUCGAACCCAGUUAGCUACACUUGCUCGUCUAUUGUUUGUGCCUCAAUCCAUUUCUAAGCCACUUCUGAAUCGACUGUUACUCAACUUGUGUGAGAAUAGUAAAACUCGUGGAGACCUUUUGUCCUUAUUGAUUUGUAUCUUGCAAGAUGGCAGCUCUGAUUUGGCUUCCGUAGAUCGUAGUUUCACGCAAAUGUCCAUGUUAUCUGCCAGCAAAUCACAAACGACAGCUAAUGUAUCUGAAGAAGCCAGUACCGAGAAGCCCGAGCAACCAACCGAACAUGCCAAAUCUGAUGAAAACGCACCUAAUUUGAUAACACAACGAUGUCUUGAAAUUUUGUACUACGUUGUUACAUGGAAUGACCGCUCUUUAGCCUACUUCUUAACCGAAAAUGAAAGUUUUGGACAAUUAAAACGUCAACAAUCCUUGAAUCGUAAAUCCAAGAACAAGGAUAAAACUACAGCCAAAUAUCCCAUCCUAAUUCUAGUCGGUCUUUUGGAUCGCCCCUCGUUUUUGAAUAAUACUGUACUGAUGGGCCAACUUAUGAACUUGCUAGCAACCAUGUGUCGUCCUUUCCCCAGUCUUGUGAAGAAGUACAAGGAAAAGAUGGAGAGUAUGAAAACCAAAGAAGAUGCAGAUACUGAAGUAAACGAGAAGCAGCACCAUCAUGCUCCCCGACCUCCUUCGAUUCCCGAUCAAUAUCUUGAGAAAAUCGUAGAUGUACUUUCGAUGGGUGAAUGUUCGAGUUAUACUUUCCAAUAUACCCUUAGUGUUCUUUCACAUUUAUCAACUUUGGACGGUGCGCUGGAUACGAUUAUCGAAAGGUUGAUUUUGACAGCAAACACAUCUGGUCAGCAAAUCAUUAUUGAUCUACAGAAAUUGCUUACGAUCUUAGAAAAGUACAAGCCAGGUACAGAAUUAGAAGGAUCUGCUUUAGCUCAAUUCUCAGCUGCCACUUCGCACCAGACAAAAUUGUUGCGUGUCUUAAAAGCAAUGGACUAUUUGUAUACUCGUAAGCGUAAUGUGUCUACCAACGGCAACCAGCCCGAAGAGAAUGAGAAAUUAGUAUUAGCAAUCUACAAUAAGUUAGACUUUUUGCCCUUGUGGACCAUGCUUGGCUCCUGCUUAACCGUUAUUCAAGAAAGAGAAGACUUAAUCAAUGUGGCUACAGUAUUGCUUCCUUUGGUCGAAUCAUUUAUGGCCGUUUCAAAAUACUCUGCAAAUAAGGGUUAUACUGUUACCGUGACCAAGUCUGAGAAAAAGGCGCCUUCAACUGAAGACUUCUUCUUUGAUUUUACAGAAGAACACAAAAAGAUUUUGAAUAUCAUGGUUCGUAAUAACCCCUCUCUGAUGAGCGGCUCUUUCUCCCUUUUGGUACACAAUCCAAAGAUUCUUGAAUUCGAUAACAAGCGCAGUUAUUUUAAUCAGCAGCUUCAUAAACGUACUGAACCUCGUGAGCAUCACCCUCCUCUUCAACUGAAUGUCCGUCGUGCUCAUGUAUUUGAGGAUACGUAUAGACAACUCCAAGGUCGUACGGGUAAAGAGAUCAAGUAUGGUAAACUGAAUGUUCAGUUCCAUAACGAAGAAGGUGUAGAUGCAGGCGGUGUCGCUCGUGAAUGGUUUUCUGUUCUUGCCAGACAAAUGUUUGACCCCAAUUAUGCCUUAUUCAUUACAUCAGCUGCAGACAAAUUAACAUAUCAACCUAAUCGUCUUUCGGUUGUUAAUCCUGAUCAUCUCAGUUAUUUCAAAUGCGUAGGUCGUAUCAUUGGUAAAGCUAUUCAUGAUGGACGAUUGUUAGAUGCCUAUUUUACCCGUUCAUUUUACAAAUUGAUGCUGGGGCGUUCUGUUGAUUACCGAGAUGUCGAAGCUGUAGACCCUGCUUAUUAUAAGAGUUUGGUGUGGAUGUUGGAUAAUGACAUCACUGAUAUCAUUGAUCUGACAUUCAGUGUUGAAAAUGAUGAUUUCGGAACCAAUGAUAUUAUCGAUUUGAAGCCCAAUGGACGCAAUAUUCAAGUGACAGAAGCUAACAAGCAUGAAUAUGUGACACUGAUUACGGAACAAAAACUGGUCUUGGCUAUUAAGGAUCAGGUGAAUGCGUUCCUGGAAGGAUUCCAUGAUAUUAUUCCUGCACAGUUAAUUCAGAUCUUUAACGAACAGGAGUUGGAACUGCUGAUUUCUGGGUUACCGGAUAUUGAUAUCGAUGAAUGGAAAGCCAACACUGUUUACGAAGGUUAUACCCUCUCUUCACCUCAAAUACAAUGGUUCUGGCGUGCUGUUCGAUCCUUUGAUCAAGAAGAGAGAGCUAAAUUACUUCAAUUUGCUACAGGUACAUCUAAGGUACCUUUAGAAGGAUUCUCGGAGUUACAAGGCUCUAAUGGUGUACAAAAGUUUCAAAUACACAAGGAAUUUGGUGAUGUGAACCGUCUCCCUUCAGCCCACACAUGUUUUAAUCAAAUUGAUCUACCUCAAUAUUUGAGCUACGAGGAUCUUCGAUCGAAUUUGUUCAAGGCUAUUAGUGAAUGUUCGACUGGUUUUGCAUUCCAAUAG